AAUAAAUUGCUUUCCGCAGUGUCCUGCAAAUACGACCGCUCGGAUUUGAAGCAGACCAAUAGGAUUCGGAUACAUCACACCAAGAGCAAUGACAACGUUUUGUUGGACCUAUGGACGAGGUCGGACCUGGAUGAGGCCUCCACCUACAACCCUGAGGAGAUGAACACCUACCAUCUAUUUACGAGACAAAACCCAACACUAAGUGAGCCGAUUUUAACGAACAAUGAGUUAUGGCUAGAGACCACCCACUACAACGCUAGCAAGCGGACAGUAGUCCUCAUUCACGGCUGGUUGGAUACCGUCACUUCAGACUUCGUCACCGUUCUGGUACAAGCAAUAUUGCAAGCAGAGGACGCCAAUGUAAUAGCAGUGGAUUGGAGUCCCGGUUCAGGCACUAUCAACUACCCCGUAGCUGUACUAAACACGCCUAUAUCUGCGCAUGCUGUCGCCAAGUUCCUGAAUUGGUUGAACAAUGUCAGUGGAUCUCGGUUGGAAGACUAUCAUAUUAUUGGCCAUGGACUCGGGGCCCAUCAGGCUGGUAUAGCUGGAAGGAUACUGGGCGGAUGGGUUGGGUAUAUUACUGCUUUAGACCCAGCAUUCCCAGGCUGGGUUACAAACGAAGACAGGUUCAAACCUACUGAUGGGAUGUAUACUGAAGCUAUACACACCAAUGCUGGAGUACUUGGCUACCUGAGCCCUGUGGCUGAUGCAGAUUUCUACCCGAAUGGGGGGAUUGAUAUGCCAGGGUGUUAUAGCCAGGAGUGUGAUCAUAAUAGAUCCUACCACUACCUAGCAGAGUCCAUUAUAAGCGGUGGGUUCAUCGGCAGUCGAUGUUACACGCACGGGUCGGCCAUGUCAGGGCACUGCUUCCUAGGAGGGAAGCUCAGGAUGGGAGGGAUCCACUCCAAACCUGGACAAACGGGUAUCUUCUUCCUACGGACAAAUGCAAGCCCGCCGUAUUCCCGCGACUAACACCGAAUCAAAUAGCAACCACUGACUAUAAAACUAUUAUUUGUUAUUAUUUAAGGCAAGCGUCCACAGGCCCGCAUCGUACGCAUCGCACGCAACGGAUUUUAGUUUUAUUGUAACUUUCGUGAGACAUUCUAAACUAAUUAUUAAUAUGUUAUCGGCUUACUCACGUAACUGUUUGACGAGGAACUCGACUAGUUUCAAGCCAUGCUAGAGGCUCAUAUUCAUAGGCAGAGGGCGCGAUGGGCGCGAAACUCGAGUCGCCAGUAGCAGCGCGACAAUCGUCGCGUCGUGUGUCGCGGAAUGCUGCUCAUGAAUAUGAGCCUCUAGCAUGGCUUGAAACUAGUCGAGUUCCUCGUCAAACAUUUACGUGAGUAAGCCGAUAACAUAAUAAUGGAUUUUAGUUUGUCUUGUAUAGAAACUUAUACAACUGCGUCCACUGAUCCGCAUCGUACGGACCGUAUCAUCGGCAAUGCUUACAUGCGAUGCGUACCGAUGACGUCAUACGGAAUGCUGAUGCCAA